AUGUCUGACACUCCAAGAUCCGAGAAGUCUGAGACGAGGUUCAGCACCCCGGUGUCUGAACUCGACGACCACCGCCGUCAGCCCCAGUCCAUGCCCCGCGCUGACUCACCGCCUCCCGUUCGAUCGCGCCGCCCGACUUUUGCUAGUAUCAAUAACCAGAUUGAGCGCCCGAACCUGCUCAUUCAUGUCAACGAAGCCCUGGAGGCAGGUGGCAUUACCGCUCGCGACUUUGAGGAAAACGCCGUUGCUGACGACGAUGACCCGUACCUGUCCCCUGAUGUGCGUGGUCGUCGUGGCUCUGUACAGGCCCACAGCCCGUCCGCACGCCGCGACACUUUUAGGCGCCCGCGCGACCCAGCCAUUGAGCGACUUGUUAGGUCUCGCGCAUCCUCAACCACUUCGCGAUCAACAUCCCCUCCCAACUCUGUGGAUGCAUUCGCUGGUCCCAACCGCCGCCGCGACCGUGCAAACACUGUCAACAGCCGCACGCCGUCUUUCGUCGAGCUCAACCUCCAGAGGACGCACUCCCGAGCCACUGCACGUCGUCCCACUAUCAGUGAUGAGCGCCCCGAGGACGUGAAGAGCAUCAAGUCUGUAUCUGCUGCCAGCUCUGCAGAGGAGGAUGUGUGCUUUCCCGUGGAGGAAGACUUUGGAAAGACUACGCGGUUUGACUACGAAGAGCUGGAGGAGUUUGUUGCCGAGUGCCAGGAAAGGACCCCAAUCGGCCAGAACUUGCGCCACAAGCCUAGCAUUGCUUCUCAGAUGUCCAAGAAGAUAUUUGCAGACCUUCGACCGAAAUCCAGCCAGACAAGCCGCAAGGACGACAUCGAGACUGCCACUCUGAAGGAUGUUGAUCCAGCCAUCCAAGAGAAGCUCGCAGAGGAGGGCCUGGCGCACAUGUACACUGAGAACAAGAAGGACGUCCCCGGCCUGUCUGGUAACCGGUUCACGUUCUUCUCCUCUGAGCUCGAUGACACUAUCCAUGCAGCAGAGCUUGGAGGCCUGCUCAUGCCUGGAGAACGCUUCCGCGACCUCUUCGAGACACCUCCAGACAGUGGCGUCUUCUGGAUGGACAUGGUUAACCCGACCGAAGAGGAAGUGUUUGCUAUCUGCAAGGCCUUUGGUGUGCAUCCUCUUACCCGCGAGGAUAUCUGCAUCCAGGAGCCGCGCGAGAAGGUGGAGCUGUUUCACCAAUACUACUUCGUGGCAUUCCGCUCCUUCUGCCAAGUCGACAAAGACUCCGAGGACUAUUUGGAUCCACUCAACUUCUACGCUGUUGUUUUCAAGGAAGGGCUGCUCACGUUCACGUUUGCUGAGAGCCCCCACACUCUCAACGUCCGUAAGCGCAUCAGCCGCCUCCGCGAUUACAUCAACCUCAAUGCCGACUGGAUCUGCUAUGCCCUCAUUGAUGACAUUGUGGACAGCUUUGGUCCUGUCAUCCGCGGCAUUGAGGACGAGGCCGAGGCCAUCGAGGACCAGGUCUUCACUGCCCGCAUCGAAGACUCGCGCGAAAUUCUCCGUGCAGUAGGCGACGCUCGCAAGCGGGUCAUGCAGCUGCUGCGCCUCCUCGGCGGCAAGGCCGACGUCAUCAAGGGCUUUGCCAAGCGCUGCAACGAAUCCUACAGCGUUGCACCUCGUGGCGAUGUUGGUCUCUACCUCAGCGAUAUCCAGGACCACGUCGUCACUAUGAUGUCUAACUUGGCGCAUUUCGAGAAGAUGUUGAGCCGCGCGCACUCCAACUACCUCGCGCAGAUCUCGGUCGAUCAAGUUAUCCAGGGCAAUGCUAGUAACGACACCCUCCAGAAGGUUACCGUUAUUGCGACAAUCCUUGUUCCGCUGAACUUGAUCUGCGGUUUGUUUGGUAUGAACGUGAGAGUUCCUGGGCAGGACGGCAGCCCGGCCUGGUUCUAUGGCAUCUUGGGCACGAUCGCCCUGUUCGUUGCGAUCUGCUUGGGCACUGCGAGGAGGCUGAGGUACAUCUAG